AUGUCUGCCAGGACAUCUCUGCGCGCGUUCCUAGCGAAUGCGCGAACCGCGCUCACCGCGCCUGCUGCGCAGAGAAAGAGCCCGCUGACUUUGGUUGUGGGAAACGAGUCUGCAGACCUCGAUUCGUUGUGUUCCGCAGUUUUAUACGCCUAUCUUCGCACCCAAGCCCCUCCGCAUACCCUCCACAUCCCAAUCUCCAACCUCCCCCGCGAUGACCUCAAGCUCCGGCCCGAAAUGACCGCCGCCCUCGCCCAUGCCGAGCUCAAGCCCUCCGACCUCCUCACCCUCGACGAUCUUCCGUCAGGCGCAGACGAGCUGCCGGCAAGCGACACGAGGUGGGUACUUGUGGAUCACAACGUUCUCACAGGAGAUCUGGCGAAGAAGUACAGUAGACGGGUGGUGGGCUGCGUAGACCACCACACGGACGAGAAUAAAGUCCCGAAGGAAACAGGCGACGAGCCGAGGGUGAUCGAACCCUGUGGAAGCUGCAGCAGUUUGAUAGUCGAGUACUGCAAGCCUACAUGGGAGCCUCGUGAGGAUGUAGAUAAACACCUGGCGAGGCUGGCACUGGCCGCGAUCCUAAUCGACACGACAACCCUCAAAUCCAAAGACAAGACGACCGAAAAGGACAUCACCGCAGUAGAAUUUCUUGAAAAGUUUGCCGGCGAGACGUACGACCGCGAGGCGUUUUCCAAGGAGAUCUCCGACUUCAAGGAGGACAUUUCUGCCCUCAGCUUCCGCGACAUCUUCCGCAAGGAUUACAAGCAAUGGGACGACCAGGGUUCUGGACCUAAACCUGCUGUCAUGGGCGUGUCGGCUGUUGUGCAGGAUUUGUGGUACCUCCUCGACAGGGCGGAGGGCAAGGAGGAUGUCCUCCUUGGAGAGUUCGAAAAGUGGUCAAAGGAGAAGGACCUCGACAUUGGGUCCAUAAUGACCACGACAAACUCCGGUGGGGAGUUCAAGAGAGAGUUGUUUCUCUGGGCUUUCAACAAGAAUGCCGUCGAGGCGUGCAAAGCUUUUGAGAAGGAGUACAAGGAGGAGCUGGGCCUGGAGACCUGGGGCGAGGGCAGGCUUGAUCGGGUAGGAGAGGAUGAGUGGCGGAAGGGCUGGAGUCAGAAGAACCUUGCGCAUUCGCGAAAGCAGGUUGCGCCGAUGCUAAGAGAUGCUAUCAGGAGCGGUAACCCCAGACUUUGA